UACCGUAGUAGUAUAGCAACGUGACUCUGGAGGGGCGGUGCCGCCGUUUUGAUAGAGCCGGUGGAGCAGUAACUUUACCUCUAGUGAAAAUGAGCUCUUCUGACAUGAAGAAAAUAUCUGUGAUCGGCAGCGGGCUGAUAGGGCGCUCCUGGGCUAUGGUGUUUGUCAGUGGAGGCUACUCUGUGAAAAUCUAUGACAACCAACCAGGACAGGCUGCCAAGGCCAUCACAGAGAUCAGGAAGCAGCUGGAGGAGCUGGAGGGAGCCCACAUGCUGAGAGGGGAGCUGACCGCCACGCAGCAGCUCGCCCUGCUCAGCAGUUCCGAUGACCUGGCUCAGGCACUGGAGGGAGCCUUCUUUGUCCAGGAGUGUGUAUUUGAGCAGCUUGAGGUCAAGCAGAGCGUCUUCCAGGACAUAGAGCGUCUUGUGGGAAAAGACGUCAUCCUGAGCAGCUCUACCUCUUGUCUGGUGCCAAGCAACGUCUUCUCUAAAGUACAGAACAGGAGUCGCUGCCUCGUCUCCCACCCGGUAAACCCACCCUACUAUGUCAAACUGGUGGAGCUGGUACCUCACCCAGAGACAGCAACAACUGUUGUGGACACCACCCAUGCCCUAAUGACCAAGGUUGGCCAGGCACCUGUCUGUCUGAAGAAGGAGAUCGAUGGCUUUGCUCUCAACAGAGUGCAAGCGGCCAUUAUCGCAGAGUCCUGGAGACUUGUCCAGGAUGGCAUUAUCUCUGUCAAGGACAUCGACCUGGUGAUGUCAGAGGGGCUAGGAAUGCGUUACGCCUUUAUAGGUCCCAUGGAAACGAUGCACCUCAAUGCACCUGAAGGUUUGGAAGAUUAUAUGAAACGGUAUGGAGAGGGCAUAAGCAGGGUUCUGAACUCCUUUGGGCCAGUACCAGACUUCUGCGGUGAGGGAGCCAAGAGCAUCACUAAUGAAAUGUCUGAGCUGAUUCCCAACGACCGGCAGCAUCUGUCAGCCAGGAUUGAGAGGAGGGACCAGCUCCUCAUGGGUCUGGCCAAGCUGAAGAAGGAGCACUAAGAUCAGCACGCAGGGCCCACAGCCAAGGACACAUCGAGUGUGUUUUUAACCCCUCUUAGUUUCUUAAUUGUUAUAAUUACCAAAUAUAAAAAAUUUGAAAAUUAUAGACCUAAUAACAAUUUAAAUAAGAAUUUUGGGAGUGAUGAAGUGUUUUGUAAUUUUCUCAGUGAUAAUGAAUAUUUGUGCUCUGAAUGGGCCUUUUAUCAUAAUUUUUCCCCCAAAUUACACUAUAUUUUAACUUUUGUCUGCAAGUUCUCAAGGAUCUCAAUCGGUAACUGAAUGACUGGAAUAAGCAAUCAUUUCACAAGGUGCUACACACUACAUAAUGGUCUUCUAUGUGAAUGAAAAAUGUGAAAUUAUGUUUUGAUUAAUAAAAAUAAUGGAAUCAUA